UUAAAGUGGCUAGAAGUGUCUAAUUCAAUAUCUGUGAAGUUUUAAAAUCCAACUAAGUUGGUUGGCCUCUUGUUGAUUUUUUCUCGUGUUCAGCCCAUCUAUCUUUGUCAAUUUUUGUACAUGAAUUCAUGACGAAUGAUUGUGUACAUACAUGUAUUUCAGUAUGGGUUGUUCAGAUCUAUGCAUGUGCCAUGGUGUGCUUAUUCUUCAGUGGAUAAUUCUCUUCUUGAAGGAUUUACUAAGGAGUCUGUAGAUAAUUUAUUAGCCGGUGAUAUUGUCGAAUUUUGUUGUCAUUAGUGCAACAUAACUCCUGGGCAGAUUGAUUGUUUCCAAGUCCGAAGUUUGGCCUUGCAUUAGAUAGAAUUCGCACGGGGCAAAAUCAAUUCUGCUUUACAUAAUCUGUUAGCAGUUACCGGAAUGUGUACUUAGCCUCAAAAUGGCAUACUUUGUGUAAAGCGCUAACUACACACAUACUGUAGCCAUGUAGCAUGUAAAAUGUCCACAACUAGGAAAAUGGCGAAUUUCUGUGCUCUAAUCGUACAUGGGGCCUACAACUGUUGGCCAAUAUAACAAAUUUUUGCUGCAGUACCAACCACGUGGAAUAUUUUAGCUAAUCAUGGAGAAAUAUCUUGUGUCCGUUUUCAACUUUUUGCCAAUUUAGGCUAACUCGGUAUAAAUGGUGUGCAAUUUUUUUCUCGUGGAUACUGUGAAGUUUUGGGUGAGAUUCUUUCGAUCACGGAAUAUAUUCGUCUAAAUGGUUGUUUAUGGGAAUACCAACAACAUGCCAGCGCCGUUACCUAGGAAUAAAAAUGGCUUCACCAUGCCGUUGGAGUUGCGGCUCCGCGGUAUGGAGACGGUCAAGUCAUUCGUACGCCUCCACGGAGAUGAAUACAUCAAACAAUUCCUACAAGAGUUUGCCACUCUUACGAAAGAACUUAAUCAGGUACGGGACCAGCUUUUGGAGCGAGAGGAGGAAAUCACGGAGUUAAAGGCCGAGAGGAAUAACACCAGGCUGCUGCUAGAACAUCUCGAGUGCUUGGUCUCGCGACACGAACGUUCGCUCAGAAUGACGGUCGUCAAGCGGCAAGCCUCGUCCCCAGCAGGCGUCUCGAGCGAGGUUGAAGUGCUGAAAGCCCUCAAGUCAUUAUUUGAGCAUCAUAAAGCUUUAGAUGAAAAGGUGCGAGAACGAUUACGGGUAGCAUUAGAGAGAGUUCAACAGCUAGAGGAAGAGGUAUCAGGACAGAAUUCCGAGUUGUUUACGUUUCGGGAGCAGCAGGCGAAAUCGCGGCAUUCCAGUGGGGAGGAUGGCAAACUCAACAAAACACCAUCAUCGGAGUCGACAACCAAUGAUAAUAAUGAUAAUAAAGAAUCUUACCCUAAGAGAUUAUCAAACGGCUCGAUCGACCCGGACAGCGAGGUCAACCGCGUUAUAGAACUUCAGGAGACGAUAGAGAAGCAAAAUAACGAAAUUACAAGUACUAGGAAACAAAUAAACGAACUUUCUAAUAAAUUAAAAGAAACUGAGGAAAGUUUGACGCAGGCUCAAAAGGAUUUAAUCAAGUCACAGGAACAAAUAGUCAAAUUACAACGAGAUCUGAGAGAGUCCGAUGCACAGAAGGGAGACCAAGAGGAGCGGAUAGCCACGUUAGAGAAACGGUACCUGAAUGCUCAGAGAGAAUCCACGUCUUUACACGACCUCAACGAUAAGUUAGAAUCUGAACUCGCCAUGAAGGAAUCAAGCCUUAAAUCCAAUGAAGACAGGGUGCGGAAUCUACAAGAGAAGUUAGAACUUACGGAACAGCGACUACAACAGUUACUACGUAAAGCUGAAGCACUGCCGACGGUCGAAGCUGAGCUUGAACAGCGCAUGGCGGCGCUAUCACAGUCGCCGAGGAGUCAGGCUCAAGAACGUCAUGGGUCAGCGGAGGAAAAGGUGUCAGAGUUAGAAACGGAAUUGGAGGAGAAGAAUCAAGAACUUCUAAGGGCGCGGCAACGGGAAAAGAUGAAUGAGGAUCACAAUACGCGGCUAUCAGCGACGGUCGAUAAAUUGUUAUCAGAGUCCAAUGAGAGGUUACAACUCCACUUGAAGGAGAGGAUGCAAGCGUUAGAAGAAAAGAACCAGCUCACUCAGGAACUGGACCGAAUACGAAAAAUAUUAGAUGAAACACAAUUAGAAAAGGAACGAAUACUUGACGAGUUAGAGAAGGCCAAGAAACAAAUUGCCACGUUACAAUUACAAUUAGAUCAAUUUAGCAGCAUGCUAAGCAAUACGGGGUACCCCCUGACACCAAACGUAGUGAUAGAGAACCGUAAUGAUGGCAGCGCACAGGAGGCUCUACUUAGAUUGCAGCGGGGCCGAGAACAGGCUCUUGUUGACGAGCCAGAGAAGGUAGUGAACACCCUUAACGAACAAGAAUGGGAAAAACUACAGCAGGCGCACGUACUCGCCAACGUACAACAGGCAUUUGACGCGAGCGACACGGAGGGGGGCGGGACCGACGAUAAUGAAUCUAUAUUUGGUGCUGUUGACUUGCUGUCUCCCUCCGGACAUACGGAUGCACAAACACUCGCCCUUAUGCUGCAGGAGCAGCUCGAUGCAAUUAAUAAUGAAAUCAGGUUAAUACAAGAAGAAAAGGAAACUACUGAACAACGGGCGGAAGAGUUGGAGAACCGAGUGGGUAGCCAGAACCUCGACUACGGCCGGUGGCGGGCGCAGGGUGGUAACAAUCAGUAUGAGAUGCAUGAAAGGAACUCACCACCGCUUAGUGGGCGGUCGACGCCAACAGCACGAAAUUAUCCCACGCCUAGUCGAGAAAUGUUGCAGAAGUAUCAUACGGCCCCAGCCAAUAUGUCAGUCCAACACAUGUAUGCCUACUCUGCCUCGAGCCCCCACUUAGCUAUGACCACCGACCCCUCACAGAUGUAUGAUGAGAGGAAUCCCGAGCUAGAUCCAGAAAACAGGGGGCCAGAUAGUCCUGGGAACAAGGAUGACGGACGACAAAUCAAGUGUGAAUCGAGUCCCCCGACGCCGCGCUCGCUACGGUUAGAGCGAGUAGCCGCAGCACUCGCACAGAGCACGGAGGAGCUUCGGAGAACGGACAGAUAUCCCUAUGGAAACUUUGGUCGCAGCAAUAUAGACAGUUCACGUAGUAUUAGUAACCCGGGGCCUCUGAGUGGUAUGAUAAACCGCGAGGUUGUUCACCAUCCCCUUCCGAUACCGAGGAAUUCUGGUGAAAGCCAUAGCUCCCCAAGCCCCCUCAGUAGUGCCAGUAAUAGCCAAGACUCGUUACACAAACAGACCAAGAAAAAGGGGAUCAAGAGCUCUCUCGGGCGCUUCUUUAGUAAAAAGGAUAAGGUUAAGGGGAAGGAGAUGCAUGGCCACGGCGCACCAAUGACCAUGGUGCCGCGUGAUAUGGUGCCGAGAGAUAUGAUUCCAAUGGCUAGCAAGUAUAGUGAAAUGCCGCAUGCAGCGCCAGUUGACCAUUCGAGCUCCAAUUUUGUAGAUACGGAUAUAUCAGGAUCAGAUACAUUAAGUUUAACUUUAGGAAAACAGUCUGAAUUUGAUAGAAGGAAAAAGAAAAAAGAGGAGCUAUUAGAGGAAGCAAUGAAAGCUGGUACACCCUUUGCCUUAUGGAACGGACCAACGGUCGUUGCUUGGUUGGAGCUGUGGGUGGGCAUGCCAGCCUGGUACGUAGCUGCGUGUCGAGCGAAUGUUAAAAGUGGUGCCAUUAUGUCCGCGUUGUCGGACCAGGAGAUCCAGCGGGAGAUAGGUAUUAGUAAUCCGCUGCACAGAUUAAAAUUACGCCUGGCCAUUCAGGAGAUGGUCAGCUUGACUAGUCCGUCGGCCCCCAAGACCUCCAGAACGACGUUAGCAUUUGGUGAUAUGAACCACGAGUGGAUAGGUAAUGAAUGGCUGCCGAGCCUUGGUCUACCUCAGUACCGUAGUACCUUUAUGGAGUGCCUCGUUGAUGCUAGGAUGUUAGAUCAUUUAACCAAGAAAGAUCUCCGAGGGCAGUUAAAAAUGGUGGAUAGUUUCCACAGGACCAGUUUACAGUAUGGUAUUAACUGCUUAAAGAGAUUAAAUUAUGAUAGGAAGGAAUUAGAACGACGGCGGGAAGAUAGCAAUAAUGAAAUGAAAGAUGUGUUAGUAUGGACCAAUGAGCGGGUUAUCAAAUGGGCACAAGCAAUCGGGCUGAAGGAGUUCGGCAACAACCUCAUGGAGUCGGGCGUUCACGGCGCGUUGGUUGCUCUGGAUGAGAGUUUUGACCACAACAGUAUGGCAUUGGCAUUGCAGAUAGCAACAGCAAACACACAGGCUCGUCAAACAUUAGAACGUGAAUUCAACAAUUUGUUGGCGCUCGGCACGGACCGACGCCUGGACGAGGGUGAGGGUGGUAAACUCAACCGAGUGCCGUCGUGGAGGAAGAAAUUCCGCCAGAAAGAUGUUCAGAAGAAGGAGAAAGAACGCGACACGAGCAAAGAUUCGCCGGUAUCCAACCGUUCAGUGGGACCAGCAGACUCGUCUGGAUCUGCGGAAUCAUUCAGCAAUCAUUCCCCGCAGUUGAAUGCACGUCCCGGAGCAUCACCGGGAGUCUCGAACGGUGCACGGCCUGGAGCAGACGGUAACGGAUCGCGUGGUGGAGCAAAUGGGUCGCGGACUGGCGGGCCCGGUGAUACGUCAUCUUUGAAGCGACAGACAAUGGGGACAGAGUCCCCACGCACGCCAAACUGUUGAUCGGAAAACCAAUGAGACCAGCAAUAUCGCUGGUUGCAGUGGAGACUCCUAUAUGCUGACGAUGUUACUAUUCAUUUGCAUCGCAAACUGUUGGUUUUUUUCCUGUUUUUACAACAAAGCACUCGAGGCCUUCUGGCAGACCCAACAAUAGUAUGACCACGGGACGCUUGGUGGAUUAGAUUUGACCAGUACUGUAGUCUUUGGUAUAACCUGAUUAAUAUGCAAAUACGAGGGAUGUCCUAUGUGUGUUUAUAUGUAUAUAAGUAUACACUGCAUUGAUAAUAUGUUCCGAUGAACAUUCUGAUGGAUGGAGGUGAUUUAACAAUACAGGGAUACAUGUGAGUGUACAGCGUACCGGAUGGUAUGGUUGGUACUGGACAGUACUUGGUACCAGACGGUACUUGGUACCAGAUGGUACAGAAAGAAACUCUUAUCUCUACAUGGUUUUACACAUCAACGUUGUACAGGAUCAUCGUCACUUAAUCACUCUGUGUAUAUUUCAUUUCCAACUUGAGGAGACCCUGACCACCUGUGCAAUAUGUAACACCGAUAUACUCAAAAUAUAUGUGACUCCUCUGUCAGUCUGGCAUUGCAUGUCGUGAGAGUGCAUGGUUAAGGUGACUUUUACAACUCUGACUCUUCUUUGAAACUUAAGCCUUUACAAGUAAUUGUGAAAGCGUUUGAUUUAAGAUGUCACAACAUGACCAAAAUUCAGUCUCAAAGUCAAGUCAGAGUCGUAAAAUUCAUCUUAACUUCUCUACAUGUGAUCCCAACCAACUUUGGUGAAUAAAGAUAAAUUUCUUUGCAAUCUUACGCACAUCAUGUGUAGAUUCUACCACAUCGAUUUACAUUUGGUUUCUGUGCAGUUGACUGAAAUCCCAUGUACAUUUGAUUGCAACUUAUACAUCUAUGUACUGGUGGUAUAGGCCUUCUUGAGUUGAGGUGUAACUUAACCAGUUAUUUUCCCAUGACAAUCCAUUGGCAGAGUUUAUUCUAAGGUAUUUCAACUACGGUUGGAGCAUGAUCGAUAACUCAGAGUUCAGUGAAAUUAUUUGAAAUUUUCGUAUUGCGGAGAAUGUCGGGACGUAGUCCCUUGACAAAACUAUCAUGGAUCACAUAACUUAUUCCUGUAUUAAUAUAAUGUUUGAUGAAAUUGAAUGUCUGAAUACUGAGAAUGAACUUUGCAAUAGCUGGGAGAGGUAGUUUGAAUAUUUUGAUAAUUAGUAGGGGAUAUAAGCAUGGCACUGUUUGGGAAUGAUAAAUCAGUCUCUUGCUAUUUUUUUUGUGGGCGUUGCCCUGCAUGGGAAGAAGCGUUUCUCGCUGUGAAAUUUAGUUGUUGAAGAAAUAUGAUCCGCUAAUGGCGAUGUCAGUGACAUUGGUACACAGAAGGCUUUCCAGUCACUCACAUGGACGCCGAUUUUAUUUUGUGAUUCUUGGUUUUCACUGGUAAAGACCAUUGGCUGUGGAAAGGGCGCUGGAUAUUGCUGCGUCAGAUGCCCAGGUGUGUAGACACCUAUUCCGUUUGAACUUUCAACUCGACAAUACAUUUUCCAGCAAGUCUGCUCCAACUGGUAGUAUUGUUUAAUUCAUUGUCGAAUCAUGGUCAUUUUUGUAUGAAAACGUAAGAUUCAUUAACGCGUGCUUUGCAUGUAGAUUAAAUUGGAUCAUAGAUGGCAUCGCAGUCACCUCGAGAGAGAUUAUGCCGAAGUUAGCCAUGUUAGAGAUAUGUUAGGACAACUGCCGAUGUUGAAUGCGUGUAGAUGUACCUGAUUCUAGUUGCCUUCAAUAGGUGGUGUAAGUGUAUAAAAAUAGUUUCCGAGACGGAUGCGACUUCUCAUAGUACAGGCGAGGUGAUGACAGCAGACGACCACUUGAAUUACUCCGGCUAAAACUAUUCUGUUAAAUUUACGCUACUGGAAAUAUUUUGCCACAACUAUUGUUGUAGCAGCUCGGAUAAUGUGGACCCUGUCUUCUCCUUCUUGCUAUUCAAAGUCACACACUAGCAGAAGAUGUUUUUCGCCACAAAGUUUUAGUAACUUGAAUUGGUUUGCCAGUGAUGCCUGCAUGGAAAAUAGGCACAUGCUUCGUCUUUUGAAGUUGACUUUGUGUGUAGAUUUGUCUGUAAGUGUGGCUGGUUCAACGAUAAACUCUGUUUGACUCUAUUCUAAUGGGAUUGUUGAUUCAAUUACAAUUUUCAAGCAGUAUGUAAAAUGCCUCAAACUAUGUUCCUGAAUUUGAAUGGUUGCCCUCUCCCUGAAUGACCUCGUCUGUGAGGCUUUUCAACUGCAUCUGUGGACUAACUGAAGCCUCCUGCAAAUGAGCAAUUCAUAUCGCUGUGAGCUGUGAUGAAGAUUGCAUGCAAUAAAUCCCAAGUUUGCAGUGAUCGUUGCGGCCGACAAGCUGAGAAUCGGAUAUCGCAGCAACCUGCAAUCAAUGUCAAACAAAGCGUUCACCAGGUUUACCCACGGACAAGUGAUAUUUUGUCACACAUAGCAGUGAUUAUAAUCAGAGGUUGCAGCAACAAAAAUUGCUUGUUUGUGUGGCGCUUUAUUCCUACACUGGUUUGGAGUCCGACUCCAAGUUUGCACUGCAAAGAUGUCAUUUGUUGUCUUUAACUUUCGCUGGGGAGAGGGUGCGUGCUUCUCUGAACGGAAGGCGUUUGCCAUGAAACUUGGAAAUUCUUACGCAAAAGCCAGUUUCAUGUUGACAGGAUUAAGAAGCUUUUCCAGUGCCUGCACAUGCAUUAUAUGAGUCACAUUUGAGUAUACGAGUCAGUCGCAUUCUGUAUUUUCUACAAAAGAAGUUUAUCCUCCUAGAUGAUAUGAAAUAUUGUCCACACCAAUACCACACCGCCACACAAUUUGUUGAUAAGUUAGUUUCUUUUGUAAAUUUGUCUACAGGUGUACAUAGUUCUAUGCUGUACAUAUCCACAUCGCUUUGGUUAAUUUGUGCAGAAGAUGCAUUUGAUUGUCAGCAUAAUUACAUGCACUAUCUCUUGAAGUGAUUCUUCUGAUGAGGUUCAUUCGCAAUUUUUUUCUCCCCUCUUACUGUUUGGAGGACGAAAAAGUAUGACAACCAGUUGAAAUCCUGUUAAAAUAUUAUUGGUUCAAAAUCAAGAUAAGUUUUUUUGGGCUUUCAAGUCCUUGUCUGAAGAGAAUCCCACCGAAGCGUUGCAAGUACCAUGACUGAAUUAUCUUGUGUAUCAAUACAAUGGCAAUAUCUUACAAUCAGAUGAAAUCCGUCUUAGAAUUUCUCUGCGACAUUCUUAGCCAAGGCAAAGUUCUCACAUUUGAUUAAGUGUUCGAACUGGAGGUAUUGGUUGACUUGUAAAAUUGGGUGGGGGGUGGAGCUAUAAUACCUAGACACCUUGCCGAGGCCUUGAAGUAUUGACAGCUCCAACCUGAGCGGCAUUGAGCAGGACAAUCAACACCAAGAGUAAGGUAUCAAUUUCGGUGCCACAGGCUUUUCCUGAUGUGUGAUCUGUUGGUCUGUUGCAGGAAUCUUGAAGAAAAAUCUUGUAGGGUAUGUGGAGUUGAGAUUGUGUUCAUAGAAAUUACUGGGGCUUUAAUCUAGUCAGCUUUAUGCUUGUUUUUUUGCUGUAGUAAAUGCUUAAACCAGAGUGAAUGAAUUUAGUUUGAGGUAGGUAACUGAUUCGAAUUUGGUAGACAUACUGUUAUAAGGUUCAAUAGAAAUUACGAGAUAAUGUCAAUUUGAGAGAGGAGAUUUAUUCCAGUUUUCUCUGUUAUAUUGGACCUUGUCCAUGUGAAAAGCAUGUUUGCUUGUGGUGCCCUUGACCAGAAAACUUGUAAUGCACAGGUUAUACCAAGUUAUUGAAGUUAAUGUACACUUCCAUGUAUACAGAGGCAUGUGCAGAUGACGUCAUCAAACAAGAGGCACCAUUUUCGAAGUCAAGUUUACAUAUCACUUGGCAAUGUGGCACAUUAUAAUGUGUGCAACAGUGGCAGUACUGUGGUGACGUCAAUCAUGAUGUUAUACUCGCAUGGCACACUUUGUGGGUGACGUCAACAGUGACAAGGUCAAUGUAGAUUGAUGUCCAAAAUGGAUGUCCUAGUGACAUGAAUGACGUCACUGCAUGACCUCUGUUGAUGGAAACACAUCUCACUUUAGUUUAAACAAGGAAACAUGAAAGUUGCAUGUACAUGGGUUCAUCAUUCAGUUAAACGAGAGGUUUCUAUGCCAUGUGGAUGCAAUCUGUUGACAUCGAUGUUAGAAUGGAUUUUCAGGUAAUUAAAAUUCUUCAACUAAAAGGCAAUGUGCGCUUAUUGUGAGUGAAUGGACUGUAGAAUAGAAAUUUGUUGUUUAUUGUUCCACAUUGGAAUUCAGAUGAAAUCAGUAGCUUCAAAUUUAAUCUGAACCGUAUAUAAAUUUCCCAUGAUCUGUCACUUUGAAAGAAUUGAUAGGGGGCAGAGUCAAAAUUCCCAUAAUUAAAAUCCAGCUGGCAGAGUCAAAAUAUCCCAUAGAUUUGAUAACCAGCUGCAGAAUCAAUAGCCCACAGAAUUGAUAACCAGGUGACAGAUUCAGAAUUCCCUCACCUGACUGUUUGAAUGAAUUCCAAAGAUGUGCUGGAUUUGAGACAGUUCUAUCAUUAACCCAACUGACGCUCAUUUCACAUUGGAUAUUUUGGGAUUAGAUACAUAUAUUAUGACAGCAUGCAUCAAUCCAGUCAUAGUGUCUCAAAACUCCAGGUGACGUCAGCAUCACGUUCUCAUUGACUUGCAAAUAGACUGGUUCCAAUACUGCUCUUGAGGGUGUUGUAAAAAGACCUCUGGUGGUAGAAUCGUGAACCAGUCUAGGAACUAGUUGCGGCAUGUUAGCCGAAUACGAUUUGGAAGUGUCAAUUGUUGUUUAAAUCAAACGUUUAUAUAUAGAUUGUAUAAUACUAAUGAAUCUUAAUGUACAUUGACCAAUGUUCUCAUUAACUUUGUUUCUUUACUCAUCAUGUCGGUUAUAUUCAGUCAUUCGCAAUUUGUAUCAUGGUACAUAAACUCUAUGGAACUAAAGUGAAAUAAAAUAAGUUAUUGUUUCAUA